UUAUCGACAGUAAAAGAAUAUGUAAAUCUCGAAAAUUUGGUUCAGUUUAAUGAUACACUAACAGUAGAGGACAUUGUUCAAACGAUUCAAGAGCUAUCUGAAGAUGAGUUGUCCGAAAAUCAAGAACAACCUAAUAUCUCUCCUUCAGAAGCUCUUUGUGCAUUAGACAAACUUGUACUUUAUCUUGAUCAGAAUCAGGAAAAUUAUUCUUAUGACACGAAAUCUUUAUUGC